UUGACGGGCGUUUUUCUGCUGACUGAAUUUUUAGCCUCUGCAUUUGCAUAUGAAAAUUUUACUAGAUUCGAAGAAAAGCUAAACUAACUAAGUGAAAUAGCCGAGCCAGAAUCAAAGUGACAUCAAAUCGAGUAGAAAAUUGCAUUGCACGAAGCAGGGUUGAUCAUCGUUUUUUUUUUGUACGCAACAACACGGAAUUUGUGUUUGGUAUAUUCUUUAUAUUCUAACCGUGAGCGAGAGUGUGUGUGUGUGUGGUCGCAUAAAUUUACCGAUAUUUCGCCUGGCCUCGCUCUCUGACAAAUCGGACGGAGCCAGCAGCGACAAACGAGCAACGCGCAGCUUAUGAAAAGUCGAGAAGAGAAAAAAUAAAACAAUCGGGAAAUCUAGUUAAAAAGGUAGCAUAAAAAGGUUUUUCUCGGAAAAUAUUAGCAGCCCGGGAAGAAACGCAAGAAGAACGAAAAGAACCCACCACUACAACUACAACGACAACAAGGUGAAGGCAAAACCAGGACAAGCAGCGCGCAAAAACGCACAAAAGAAUUAAGGAAGAAUACCGAAAAGCAGACAAGAAGUUGCAAUUUUUCUACAGUGGAGUCCAUACAAACAGCAGCCAUGAGCAAACCAAACUUCGAGCUUCCGCUGACCAUUGAUCCGGAGCAUGAGUUGCGUUUUGUGGGUCCCUUCAAUCGGUCCGUCGUCACAAUAAUGACCCUUCGGAAUAAUGCGGCGGUGCCACUGGUCUUCAAGAUCAAGACAACCGCACCAAAGCGCUACUGUGUACGUCCAAACAUUGGCAAGAUUCUGCCAUUUCGCUCGACCCAGGUGGAAAUCUGCCUGCAGCCCUUUAUGUACGAUCAGCAGGAGAAAAACAAGCACAAGUUCAUGGUGCAAAGCGUCCUCGCACCGAUGGAUGCUGAUCUGACCGAUUUGAAUAAAUUGUGGAAGGAGCUGGAGCCGCAGCAGCUAAUGGAUGCCAAGCUGAAAUGCGUAUUCGAGAUGCCCAGUGCCGAGGCAAAUGCAGAGAACCCCAGCGGCGGAGCCGUGGGCGGUGGAACCGGCAGCGCCGGCGGAGGUACUGCGGGUACCAAUGUCAGUUCCGUCAUCGCCGAGGGAAUUUGGGCAGACACGAAGCUGUCCAGCGAUGAGAAGGCCUCAAAUUCGCCCGAUGCCACUGAGCAUGUGGACUCGUCCGAUGAGUUAAAGGCGCUGCAGGAGUCCAACAGUGAACUACGAAAAGAGAAUCUACACUUGAAGGAUCAAAUCACACGCUAUCGCAGCUCAGCGGUCCUCAAGCAGCCGAACGAGCCCUAUGCCCCAGUGCUGGCUGAGAAACAGAUUCCGGUCUUUUAUAUUGCAAUUGCAAUUGCUGCGGCCAUACUGGGUCUCUUACUGGGCAAAUUUUUGCUCUGAAUGCCAUAAAUUAUCCAACAUGCAGCAGAAUCACUAACAACUACAGAACUACAGAAAACAAAAAACAAGAAACAAGAAAGAGAACAGCAUCAGGGAGCAGCAGCACCAUCAAACCGCAACAAGACGCAAUAGCAGCAAUAACAACGAACGAACGCAGAAGCAACAGAAAAAAGCAAACGAAAGAGGCGGCGAUACUAAAACCAUCAGAAGGAGCAGUCGAAAAGGAAACUAGCUCUCGAGGAUAAAGAAGAAGGAGGAUGAUAAAGGAGCUGCGCUCGAACAGAAAGUAAAGGCUUCGCAGAUGAAGCAGUUAAAUCUUAAAAUGAUUCAAAAACAAAACCACUGCAAAAAGAAACAACCAGUUUAAUCCAAAAAGUGCAUUGCUCAGAUUUUCCAUUGCAUUUUUUUUAUAUUUUUUUUGAACUAAUAUUACAAUAUUCUUUACGAUAACUAUUAUUAUUUAACGUCUAGAGUCGUGGAAACUCGCAUCUCUUAUUUUCUUUCUAUUAUUCUUCAAUCAGACAUAUUUUUAAAAUCUAAAACUUAUAUAUUAAAAAAAACAAACAAACUUUCGACAAAAAGCAAAAACAAACCCAACAUUCUUAAUGGAUGCAAACCGAUUUCAGUUUUAUUUUUAAUUGAGUUUGUUAUUUGCUUUGACAAAACUUGGAUAAAUGUAAUUGUUAAAGCAAAAAACUAAGAAGAAGCAUAAUUAAGGAAAACCACGAGCAAAAUAAAAUGCAUUACAAAAAGUCA